AUGUCAUUUCCCCAGGAUCCUAGACGCCGUCGCGGUGGAGCCGGCACCGGCUUCAGCUCUACUGGUCGGAGAACUGCCUUGGGGUAUUAUAUCCCACUGGCGCUUACUGUUGGAGUCGCGGCCGUGAGCAUUGCUGCGUGGGUUUGGAGCGAGCGACACGAAGACGACGACGACGACGAAGACCGCCCCCACGGCGAAGCUGAAGGUCCCUAUCCGCCACCCCCAGGACCUCCUGGAGCUAAUUAUCCUCCACCCCCGUAUGGUUCAGGCCCAGGAAACUAUGCCAGAGAUAUUGGCUCAGAAAUGACCCCCGCCGAUGCUUCAGAUGAUCCUAGCUUCAUGGCUCGCAUGCAGGGCGCAUUGCGCCGAACACCGAGCCCACAACAGAUCUUUGAUGGCGCAAGUCGCAAAGUUGUCGCCGGUGUUGCCGCUGCCGGUCAAUUCGUCGGUGGCGCACUUACAUCUAUCCGGGAAGAGAACCGAGGCGACUUCGAAGACCACACAAGAUGGUCCGAGGAAGCACAGUCCCGUUCCAACGAGAGAAGUCAACCAAUCGAACCCACCAUGAGUGGCGCUCUGCCAGGCCGUGCAGCUGGCCAACAUUCAUUUGAAAAGAAGAAGAAGACUGUUGUUAUUGUUGUAUCAUCAUUGACUCCAUCUGACUCUGAUGAUUUCGCCUCAGAACACGCUUCGAUUCUUUCCCAUCUUCCUGAACACGUGGAUCUGGAGACCUCUCGCAUUUUCGUCUUGAUCUAUGCGCCGAACUUGAAGCAUGCCAUUGGCCAGGGAGGCGCUUCCCGCUCAGCUCAAUCGCAAUCUAUUGCUUCAUCCUACUCUAACAUUGCUCAUGAAGAAGCGAGCUCCUCUGCUGAAUUGGUUGGUGGUGACCUCACUAAGGUGGAACCCCGACAAGACGAUGAUCUUGAAGGACAAUCUCCAUUCUUCCGAACCCUGUACACGCAGGCGCAAGCACUGGUUGAGAAGGAGAGCAUGAUUAUGCCCUUCAGUACGGCUUCUGGAUACGUUCACCUUGUCCGCCACCUUUCCCCUGAUCUUGUCUACAUUCAGGAGUCCUUGACUGAAGAGAAAGGCGACGCUGUCCAACACAUCUCCGGCUGGGUUCGCCAAGUCAUUGUUGUGGUCGGUGACGAGGGAGGUCGCGGUGGUCUUAUUGACAGCGAUGACGAAUCUGCCCUUGCCGACAAAAGAGAGAAGUGGUGGCAAAAAGAAGGCACCACUGGCAUUGGAAAGCGGAUUGAUGUGGUUGAUGUGCAUCGCGUCGGUGAUGACUGGCGGCGCCGAGUGCGUGGCAUGGAUUAA